GCUAGCGCCACGCUGAUCCUAGACAGGCUAGAACUGGGACCUUUCUCUUGCAUUUCAAAGAUGGUGGUAGAAAGAAAAAAAGUUUUUUCUUUGUAUUUUCUUCUACCAGAUCUUGUGUUAUAGUGUUUCCUUUCAAAUGGUACUAAGAAUAUGCAUAUCCUUGCUUCAGGGUCUGAGUUACAGGCAUUUAGAUUUGGUAUGUCAUUUUAGGUGACAAUUGAAAAAAAGGGGCUAUCCCUAAGAAGUUUUAAAGGCAAAAUUAGGUAGACAGGCUCCGACAUGGAUUUCCUGCUGCUCCCCAUGUCUCGGCGAUGGGGUUGUCCCUUUGUCCUUACAAAACGAAUUUAGCAGAGAUUACUGUCGUAACCAUUCUCUUCAUGUUUGGCUGAGUUUUCACAGGUGAAAAAAGCCCCAUCUCUACAGGGUGAAUCAAUAUCACGUCUCCAGUGCCAUUUGAGUCGGAAAGUAGCAGGUCCGCCCCGCCUCAUUGCACAUCCAGAGGCCGUGCCAUGCACAGCAGAAGGCUGGUUGGCACACACACACACACACACAUAAACACACACUCACACACGCAUACUAGCUCACUAUAUCUCUAUCACAUACACAAACGCACACACAUGCAAACCCUUAUAUACACACGACCACUUUGGGUCAAGAUCAUUUGCGAUGCUUAAGGAGUUAUAACUUGUCCAUUUCACAAUUACACCACAGUCCUUUAGUCAUUGACUUUACUUCAGACAUCUCUGCUAGGGCUACUACUACCCUUUCACCAGCACCAGCCACCAGAGCAGUCAACACAGGACAGGGAGUCAACACAUUUCUAUAACUGUUGUACUCAGUAGUGGUAAAAAUAUCUAUAAAACAGGGUCAUAAACUUGUUCUCUAAGGGAAUUUGAUGUAUCGUAGUCAUAGCAGCGGUGUUCAUUGGAAUGUCAGGUCAGGGAGACAGUGUGUGCUCUGCUCUCUCUAAAAUGAUAUUGCUGUGAUUGAUGACAAAAUUUGCCCACGAAGGACCACCACACCACCUUCCUGUUCAAGUGAGCACAGCACAACCAGGUGAGUCCAAAAAUGUAUUGUAUGCUGCUGCAUAAAUGAUGUAAUAUGCCAGGGAGAUAUGUAUACUGUAGCUAAGAAAGUAAUACUAAGUGUAUGUUGUGUAGUAAGCUGUUAGUAGCCCAUGUGCCUCAUCCUAAUAAUCUGGUCUAUUUUCACCUCUUAAUUUCGCCUACUGUUCUGACUUGGUGGUGCACAUCUAGCCUAUGACCUGUUUUAGAGAAAUGUAAUCAUUGAAUAUUGUAAGAGGUUUCCUUGUCUGCAUAUAUUCCCCCUUUAUUUAUCCUACAGUUCUGACUUGGUGUACAGGGAGAACACUGUAAGAAUGGGCCAUGUUCUGAAUUCUGUCGCCCUACAUUUCAAAAGUGCUGAACAAAUAGUUACAUUGACUACGUCCGUCCUAGCUCGCUCAUUAAUGUCUUAAUCAAAAUUACGGAUUGUCUCUUAUCCGCUUGUCGUCCCCUUAUGCCAUAGUUUGUACAUCUCAAUUGUCAGAAGACAUCACAUUUGUUUAAGCAAGUCAGCCAUUUCAGUUAUGUUUUUUUAAGAGGCAGUAAAUGAGGCUGAAUGAACUGUUUCGCUGCCAGACAAGGCUCCGCUGAUAGUCAGAUGUAGCAGUGGUAAGGUGUUGGAACUGCUGUUGGGACUCUGCUGUUGGGAUAGGUUUAUGUAGGCCCUAGUGCAAUUAAUGUAUUGUUUAGUGUUGUGUUGUGUAGUGGCUUUGCUGGCAUGCAUUCCAGAUUUAUUUUUAUUUUUUAGAUUUACAUGCUAAAAUCACCACUGGCUACGAGACUCAAAAUUGAGCUCAGGUCCAUCCUGUUCCCAUUGAUCAUUCUGAAAAUGUUUCUACAGCUUGAUUGGAGUCCACCUGUGGUAAAUUCAAUUGAUUUGACAUGAUUUGGAAAGGAGCACACCUGUCUAUAUAAGGUCCCACAGUUGACAGUGCAUGUCAAAACACAAACCAAGCCAUGAGGUUGAGGGAAUUGUCAAUAGAGCUCCGAGACAGGAUUGUGUCGAGGCACAGGUCCGGAGAAGGGUACCAAACAAUUUCUGCAGCAUUGAAGGUCCCAAAGAACACAGUGGCCUCCAUCAUUUUUAAAUGGAAGAAGUUUGGAACCACCAAGUGUCACAGUUUCUGUGUUAUUUGACUGUUGUUUCCUUAGGUUAUCCCUGGAGGGCACCCUUACCCUGUUUUCUAGUUUCCAGGUUACCCUGAUUAUAAUUUAUUGGAUUCACCUGUGUUUAAUUACUUUCUCUGUUCACCUGGUUGCCUUGUUAUUUAGGUUCCUUAGUUGGCCUGUAUCUUUGCUUAGGUCUAAUGUUUUAUUUGUGUGCGCUUGUGCGGUUGCCUUGGUUCUGUUAAGGUUCUGGAUUUACCCUUAUCUCUGCUUGCUGUGUUUCUCUGCGCCUGGGUUCUAGUUUGUACUAGCAUUAUUCCUACAGUAGACCUACGCCUACAAUGGACCCAGCAGAGAUUUCUCAGUCGUCCGAGGAACAUUCAGAACUCCACCAUUUACGGUCGGCUCUCACCCACCAUGGAACUGUGAUUGGUCGCCAUGAGGCGCAGCUGCAGACAUUGCCGGAUGAUUUAAGACAUUGUCGGAUGACUGGCAGGCCAGUCUAGAUGAGUGGGCCCACUCCAGGACCGCGAAGCAGACCGCAACAGGUGUGUUAGCCUAACUGCAAAGCCUGAUGGAGACCCUGUUAGUUUAUCUGAUGGUACUUGGCAUGACUGUAAAAGCCCACAAGGUCCAGGUGUGCCCAAAACGCUGUGUCUGCCAGAUGCUUAACCCCAACCUAGCAACCCUCUGCGACAAGAAGGGCCUCCUCUUCGUCCCGCCCGACAUCGACCGUCACACCGUGGAGAUGCGUCUGGGUGACAACUUCGUUACGAGCAUCAAACGACGGGACUUCGCCAACAUGACCAAACUGCAAGACAUGACGUUGUCUCGGAACACCAUCAGCUCCAUUUCACCUCACGCCUUUAAAGAUCUGGAGAACCUCAGAGCCUUGCAUCUGGACAGCAACCGUCUGACGAUGCUCACCAACGACUCCUUCAGUGGGAUGUCCAAGCUCCAACAUCUCAUUCUCAACAACAAUCAGCUGAUUCACAUCCACAUCGGGGCCUUCAAUGAUCUCACAGCUCUAGAGGAGUUAGAUCUGUCCUACAACAACUUAGAAAGCGCCCCCUGGGUGGCCAUCCAGAGAAUGACCAGCCUCCACACCCUGGGCUUGGACCACAACAUGCUUAGCUACAUUCCUGAGGGAACCUUCUCUGGCCUGCAGAAGCUCAAACGCCUUGACGUCACAUCCAACAAGCUCCAGAAGCUUCCGCCAGACCCAGUGUUCCAACGGGCCGGCGUCUUGGCCACAUCAGGGAGCAUGGGGCCGACGUCAUUUGCGUUGAGUUUUGGGGGGAACCCACUGAGGUGUAACUGUGAGCUGCUGUGGCUGAGGAGGCUGAGGAGGGAGGAUGAUCUGGAGACAUGUGCGGCUCCGCAGCACCUGGCUGGGCGAUACUUCUGGACCGUGUCUGAAGAAGAGUUCCUCUGUGAGCCCCCUCUUAUCACCAGACACUCCCAGGAGCUGCGAGCAUUGGAGGGUCAGAGUGUAUCUCUGCGCUGUAAGGCCAGGGGCGACCCAGACCCCAUCAUCCACUGGAUCGCCCCAGAUGGCCGGCUCAUGUCCAACUCCUCCCGGGCUGCGGUGCACAGUGAUGGGACCCUGGACAUCCUUAUCAGCACUGUGAAGGACUCAGGCUCCUUCAUCUGUGUUGCCUCCAACCCGGCCGGGGAGUCCCAACAAACUGUUGACCUGGUGAUCGCCAAACUCCCACACAUCACCAACAGUACUGUGGAGAAGGAACAGGACCCAGGUUCUUCUGAUAUCACCACGGUAACGAGGAUGGGUGGUGGUGGGGAAGGCGGAGGAGUGGCGCCACUGGGAAACACAAAGACGAACCAGGAGAAGAAGGUGGUGAUCGCUGAGGCCACGUCUACCUCGGCCCUGGUCAGGUUCAGCUUCCAGAGGAGUAUACCGGGCAUCCGAAUGUUCCAGAUCCAAUACAACGGAACCUACGAUGACUCUCUGGUUUACAGAAUGAUCCCUCCGAGCAGUAAGAGUAUCCUGGUGAACAACCUGGCUGCCGGUACACAGUACGACCUGUGUGUGCUGGCCAUCUACGACGACCUGGUGACCUCCCUGACCGCCACGCGGGUGGUGGGGUGCAUCCGCUUCACCACCGAUCCCCAGUACCUCCGCUGCCACUUCAUGCAGUCCCAGUUCCUGGGAGGGACCAUCGUGGUCAUCAUCGGAGGGAUCAUCGUGGCGUCCGUCUUAGCCUUCAUCAUCUUCCUCAUAGUGAGGUACCGAGUCUGUAACCAAGGCGAUGAGGAUAAGGCUUUGGAAAUGGGUGAGAUCCGGUCUCUGAGCAGUGAUGGUCAGCUCCAGGGCUGUGGCGUCCCCAAGUCCAUGUCCAAGUCUCUGUCCAAGCAGAUUCUCUGUCUGGAGAAACCAGAGAAGGUGGAUAAGGAGUAUCUGAGGGGAGGCUUUCCUCCCCCUGAGCUGUUCAAGCAGCAGCGACCCCCAGUCCUGACCACCACCACAUCCACCAAGCCCUCCAUUCCUGACUGCCAGACAGAUGUGGAGUUAGAGAACACAAACCGGAAUAACUCAGCGGAAGCUAAAAUGGUUGUUUCCGCCGUUUCCACAAAAUGGACGAAGGUCGCUAGAGGGCCAAGGUCACCUGGGGGGUCCUCCCGCCACUACAUGACAGUGCCAGCAGGGGGCGUGAGGGUGAACCGGCGGCACUCUCUGAACAUAGACUCGUACAAGGAGUGCUGCUACUUCAGCCUGGUACAGCAGCAGCAGCCAAAGCCUGGUGGGGGUUUGCGCUCCAAACGCAGUCUGUCCAUGAGUGGAGAACUGCCCCAGUUGGAAAGUGCAAUGGCAAACAUACGCAGAAGCAGAGACAAGCUGUAUGGAUCCGAGUGGCUUCUCGAAAGCACUCUAUGAUCAGGAUUUUACAGGGUUAUAGGGUUUCUGUUUUCUUGGAUUGGAUUUGUGGCCUGUGGUGGAGCAGACAGUGACUUUAUACCUUGUUCAGACUGUUACUGUGGUCUUUUAUCUGCAAGACCCACAGAUUCCUCUUGUAUUUCUGAAGACAAGGAGGCCGAACAGGGUUUUAAAGGGCAAAUGUUUAACAUUUGAUUUUCGACCUUAAAGCAAAUGUCAUCUCAAAGUCAUCUUUAUAUUGACUUUGGAUAAAACUGAAGAAAGGCACCAAAAAAUGUAUAAUGCAACUUCAUGUACAAAAUUGUUAAGUUGUGUAACAUAUUAUGCGAUACACCCGUAAGUGUUCACAUGGUAUUGAAUGCAGUUGGUCUAGCAUUAUUUAGAGAGAGAGGGAUGGACGAUCAUACUUGUUAUAACAUUGCCUGUUACUUAAAGUCAUUACAAUCACUGUGUAGACAAUGAAUGGACAUAUUUCUUGUCAUCAAUUUUCCAAACGGUUGAAGACAUGUCUUAAUUAACUCGGUGGCAUUUGGAGGGAUUGUGAAUAUGCAGAACGCCCCAGACAGAAGUGUAGAACAGAAUGUACCCAGGCUGUGUGACAUAGCACCCUAUUCCCUAUAGUGCACUCUGGUCAAAAGUAGUGCACUAUAUAGGUAAUAUGGUGCCAUUUAGUCUGGUGACAGAGCUGAAUAUUUUCAUCAAGCCGCACUAGAUACACAGCACAAUGCAGCAUUCAUGUUACCCGUCGGCAUCGAUUGAGCUUAAUACUGCCCUCUUGUUUGAAUCAAUACAUUUUAUCACAUAAUUACACAAAGACUUAUGUUCAUAGGAUUAUUGUCACAGCUGAUAUGAUAGUUCAAACAAAGACAGGAUGACAAGAGCGAUAAAGGAUGUGUGGUCCAUUUUCAUGUUUUUUACUAUUAUUAAAACAUCGUUUGUCAUGUCAGGCUAAGAAUCGUUGUAAAUUGACUUGUCGGUGAAGAGAAAACGAAAGCCACAAAACGGUAUAUGAGAAGUCGGCUCUUGAUUUAACUGUUGUUUCUGUUUGAUGUUUACCAGUAUAAAUAAACCAAUGAGAAAAAGGAAUCUAAUGUAGUUUUAA